AUGAACAUUGAUGAAUAGAAAUGCAUUCUGAGAAUUGAACUAAUUGCAGGACAUCAGAUGUUGUUAGACAAAGAUCAAUAGAGGUGUUUCAUAGAGUUCAAGUUGGAUGGAGAGGCCAAAUAGAGCAUUGAAAAGACAAAGCCGGAUGAUUAUUUUGAAUAGGUGUUUCACUUUCAUCUGAAUCAAAAUAAGAAUGCCAAUCGAGAAUUACAGAUUCUAUUAUGCAACAUCAAUAGGGGUGGGUACAUGUCAAAGCAGACUCUGGGUAAGGUCAAUCUGCGAGAAUUGAAGUUUCAACUCAAUCAGCCUUUCGAUUUACCCAUUCAAAAUCGAAUCAAGGAUAAGGUAGUCACCAUCCAAGUCGUGUUAUCAUUCAUCAAUAAUCUCUUCGUGGAUAAUGUAACUGGGGAGAUCGUUGUCAACUUGUAAUCCAUGAUUCCAUAGAACAAAGGAAUAUUGGCAAUGUCUUUGGGGGGAAGUCAAACAACCUACACUUUCUAGGCAGGUACCGAAUUGAGGAUAAUGAACGACUCGCCCUAUUGUAAAUUGACAUUCAUCUAUUAUUACAAUGUAAUUCCUAAGGAUUACUUUGGUAUCAAUCAAAUUAAGUUAUUGAAACAGGCUUUUGUGAAGAAAGAAAUAUUUCUGUGCGAUCUCAAUUGGAAACAGAAGAACAACGAACUGGAAGUGUACUUGGACAAGGUUCAAUUGAACACAGGCAUGCUGAGACUGAGAUUAACAUUGUCAAGGAAACAGGAAAUUCUAAAGGUCGUUGAAGAAAAGUAAUUGGUGCCUCAGAAAAGAGUCAUGGCCAUCAAAUCUAUUAAAAUAGAUGGAUUUCCAACCAAGGAGUUAGGUACUGCCAAAUAUUAUCUCCAAAUCCGUACGCCCAAUUACUUUUAUUUUACUCACAUCAGUGUGAUACCAUAAUGGGAUUGUGACAUUGCCUUGUACGAGUAGAAUUAUACGGCCAUUCUUUACAAUUAUUGUGGAGACAAGAAGACUUCCUUUUUGGCCAAAUUCGAGAAUGGCAACGAAGGUGAACUGAGUUUGCCAUUCUAAUAAUUCUUGAAGACUUUUUAUGGUUCAAAUCCAAAUCAGUUCUAAAAAGUGACUUAGUUUCUCAAUCUAUAAAUGCACAGCGAUAUUCAGUAUCAUACUUCUCUUUUGAUUGACAAUCCGAGAGGCAUAGUCAAUCUCCCUAUUACUGAGUUCAGUAUCAAUGAAUAUAAAGGGAAUUACAUGAUGUUUCAAACUUCAUCGAUUUAUGAUUACGUUUAGAUUCGAAAGUACAAGGCAAAUAAGGCUGAAAUUGCAUUUGAUAUACCCUUGUAUGAGAUUGAGGAUAAAAUAUUAUUCGGCGGACAAUAAAUACCAAUCAAGUAUGAGUGUGAUUCGCAAUCAAAGGAGGAGGUUGUUGAGGAGAAAUUGGAAAAAAGUAACUUUGUGAAAAUCACAAUCCAUUCAGUCAAAAUUACCAAGAAUGAAAAUCUAUAGUUGGCAAUCACAACUGAUGAAUUGACUUUUUAGACAUCGAAAAUUUGUGGAAUCUACUUUGGAUAAUCAUUCAUCUGCAAAUUCCCAAAUAAAUUGUCAUUUCAAUUGAUCAAUCGAACAGAAAAUGAUAUUAUUUAAGAUACAUAUACUUCAUUCAUUGAUUUGUAAUAAUUAGAUUUCUUAGGAACUGAGUCGUUUAUUAAUGUGUAGAUGAAUUCCAUUGGAAAGCAAUGUCUGCUUACGAUUAGAUUGGAAUUGAGUGGACAUAUAUCAUAAUCAAAUCGCAUAUCCAUCACUCCUUAAGCACUCUAUCCUGUGAGUACUGAAGGUGCCUAUUACAUGAGAGUGUUAUUUUCUUAUAGAUUCUUUUAUGAUUACCAAUAGGUUAAGAGUGAGAAGGAUUACUUGGUGUUUGAUACAUUUGAUUGGACAACUGAAGAUCUGUGGAAAUCCAUUCGAUUUCAAUUAUUUUAUCAGAGUGGCAACAAAAAGGAGAACCACACUCUGUUGGCAGACUAUCAACUACAGGCUAUCGAUUUAUUAUGGAAAAACAAGACGUUAGGAUACGUGAUAAGAGAGAAAUGCAGAUUCGUGAUUAAGAAAGAAUAAAAAUACGGAGUGGACACGCCUCAAAAAAUGAUCAAGGAAUUAGAUCAGCCGAAACUCUUUGUCAAGUUUACUCCAUUAUCUAUUUAAUUUCAAUAGAAUUCUCAGGACUACGAGUAGGUGGAAGGGUAUGCUUUGUAAUUGCAUCACAUUUAGAAUGAUACCAUAGCUCGAUUGGAGGACAAUCUUAAUUUUGAAUACAAUGGGAAUAUUAUGGAAUUUGAUAGGACUGAGAAUAGUGUGUUGAAAUUUCCAGCUUCCACAUAAUUGACGAAAUUGUAAAUGGACAUCAGUGUGAUCAAGUUAAUUAAAUAGGAGCUCAGAAUAAAUUAAUUUGUUGUUCCAGUAGAUUUGAAACAAUUAGAUGCAAUUCAAUAUGUGGAAAUUAGAAAUGAUGUCCCGAUGAUAUUAAAGUUUCGAAGGUAGAUCAUUCAGCAUAUGAGAUUGUCUCAUACAUCGAUUUACGAUGUUUCAAUCACUAAUAUUGGUAUAACAAAUUAGGAUAAUAAGAUUAAUCUGAAGUUUUACGUAGGCACAACGACAUUAAUUAAUUAUCCUUGGAUUAAGGAUGGAGUGCUUGAACAAACUUAUAAGGAGAGUGUGCAACCCAUUUUAUUUUAAUUGGAUGAAAUUGAUACCUGUUUAGAAUUUGUCCUGUUCACUGAUGCAUUGGUUUUUAGAAGACAUGUAAUUAAUAUUAGCACCAUCCAAUUCAUUUAUAAUGAAGAACAACAAUUAGGGACCUUCGAUUUGAAUCUAGAUGAAUUUAAGUGUUAGAUUAUUAUCAAAGAGUCUAGUGAACAAUUCAAGGCAGACUCAAUCAAUGUGUCAUUUAACACCUUAACUAAGUUGAAACAUAUGGCAGGGAAAUUUAUCAAAUACAGAUUUAAUUAUAAUUUCGAAUGUAAAGAAUUCUCUAGUUAAUUGAAAUACACAUUUUUUACGUCCAUAUCAUCCUACGUAGCAUAGAUGAUAUAAAGGAGCGAAGGGUAGACUGAUGGGGAAUACGAAUACACAAUUAUCAUCCCAGAAAGAAAGAAGUUUCCAAGGAAUCACUCAGUGGCUAAAAUAUUUUUAGGUUCUAAGGAAUUGUAUCUAGUUAGACAUCAAGAAACAAGGGCAGAGGAUAUGGAGACAAUUCUGGAAACAAAAAUCAAGAUUAGAAAUAUCCAUGUUCUGAGCACUCAACCAACUCAAAGUUUCACUUGUCUCACUAAGGAAGGCAAGAUUAUCGAAUUGGAUACACAAUACUUAGUGUAUAAGUAGAUAAAGAGUUAGUUUACUAUUGGCAAAUUCGAAAUUAUGAUUUAUAGAUUAUUGAAAGAUAUUGAGAAGGACUAUCAGAAUAAAUACAUUGGACCUGAUUUGAGAUUGAGAUUGAAAUACAAUAAGUAAAAGUACUGGAUUACAAGCAUUAAUGAUUAAGGACUCAUGACUGAUGGAGAGUUCUAGAAAUGCGAAUUUUAUGUUACCAAUGUUACAGAUCUCUUAAAGAUUUAAUUAUAUAUUCAUGACUAUUUGGUUGCUGAGAAUGAGUAUUGUGUUCCUCUAUUGAAGGAGCAAUUCAUUUAAGAACUGUAGAGAAUACUUUAUAAAUCUAAUGAUUUGAUCUAUCAUUUUCAUCAAAAGUUAAAGCUUAAGAACAUUUGGGUCAUGGGUAGAUGCAAAUUCUAGAAGUAGAAUUGGGUAAAGUUGUUCAUGAAGUUUCAAAAAUUAAUCAUAAAAAUGGAUGAUGAUGAAGAGAAACAACUAAGGAGUUAUUCCUUAAAAGUAUCAAAUAAACAAUUAGAUUGGAUAUCGAAGGUAUACUCAACGUCAAGGAACAGCACAGAGAUUGAAUUUUAUGAUGAAGAAAUUGUUGAUUAAGUGAUCUUGCCUGGAGAAGAGGAUCAGUCCUACUUCAAAUUGCAAGUAAGAAUGAAUGGGGAUAUACUUGCUGAGAAAUUACUAGUCUUAAAACCAUUUAUCGUGAGGAAUGUCUCUAAUUUCCCUUUCGAAUUUAAACUAAAUGAGAAAGUAUCGGUUUCUACUACAAUUGAAGUUUCACAAAAAUUCAAGAGUGAUACUUUAAAAAAAGUAGCACCUGAGGAAUACAAGUUUGACUUCAGGAAAUCCAGUUAUGAAGAAAUGGUAAUCACAAUGCUGAACUUUUAAGGGAAAUUUGAUAAGAUUCUCAAAGAAAUAUUUGAGUUCCUUAUGUAUAAUCUACCAAACAAAUACGAACCUGACCAACUAUUUAAAGUCUGCAAAGCCAUUUUCUGCAUCCAUAAUAAAAAUCUUAUGUUGUCUUGUUAUUCAACUCAGUGCAUGUCCACCAUCUACUUGUCUCAUAGUGACCGACUCAUGGGUCAAAUCAGCCAUUUGCUAUUAUUGCAGCAACUACAGGAUCUCGUUAUUGCGAAGAACAAAGCCUUUAAACCGCUUAUAAAUGUUCCAUACUACGAUGAGUAUCUGCCUACUUCUGUUAAUACUAUUAAAAAUUUAGAAUUGACUGAAGGGGAAUUGCUUGCAUAUCUCAAGGCCAACUUCCACAAAGUAAAGGAGGAUCUCUUCCAAGAAUCGAGAGACAAGCACUCAGCUAAGAUCACAUUGAGUUGCAUGAAAAUCUUGGAAACCUUGCUUUAGAAGGAUCAGUAGCCUGGAGUAGAGAUGCUGACCAAUUUACCAAUUCUAACUGAAGCCUAUAAAUAGUUUGAUGAUUACGAAAAUAAAAUCGGAAAUAUAUUCACCAUUCUCACCAACUCCUUAAUCAAAAUCUAUACAAGUUAGGAUAAUGAAGCAGAAACUGCCAAAUUAAUUAACUCCAACUUCUACCUUCUCCUUCAAGUAUUCUUCGAAACUAUUGAAAAAGCUAGUUAAUAAUAAUUCAUUGCUAUACUAUUGACUAUGCAUAGUAUAAUAAAGAUUAUAAACUAAGACCAAUUGCAAUUCCUAAAACUAGUCUUAAAGUAUCUGAUCAGAAGUCUUGUUGUAUAAUAAGACCUUGAGUUGCAUAUCGGAGUAGCAGUCGAAUACUUCUAACCUAACUAUUAAUAAAUUAUUAAAUAGGUUUUGUCAGAUAUUUCCUUAGAAAACAUUGCUUUAAAGAUUAUUCAAUAAGAAUUCCAAAAUAGAAAACAGAGCAACGUUUUAUCUAACUUAUUUGACAUGAUAAUCUAAUCCAUCGAACUUGGUGUUGAAUAUGUAAAUAUAAUGUUUAUGUUGUAGCCUUACACUGAAUUAUAAGAAUACGUAAAGAAAGUGUAGCCAAAGCAUGAAUCAAAUAAAGUAAAAGUAGAAAAGUUUAUGUAAUUUAUGAGCAAAAGAUCAGAAAGAGAAGAAAAAUUAAAACAAUUAAAAGAAAAGAAGGUCCCAACAUAAACUAUUGAUGAAUAAAAGAAGAGAGUAAUGGAUAGAUUCAUGAUCUCCAAACUGCCUUGGUGA